AUGCUGCAGCUCCGGGCGCCUCCUGCUCUGCACUUACACGCUCGGCAGCUGCGGGGAGCCCGGCAGCCAAGCUCUCCGGCGCGCCGCCCGCCGAGCCACCACGGCCGAGGGCCGGCUGUGGGGCGCCGCUGUCCCCGGCGGGCGCGCCAGAGGAGCAGGCGGCGAUGUGGGCGCCGAGCCGGGCUGCGGGGCGCUCAGGCUGCCGCGGUUGCUCCCCGGCUCCCAGAGGGACGGCGUAGCUCGCGGGAGGACCAUGGCGUCCCCGGCGCUGGCGGCGGCGCUGGCGGCGGGGGUGCCAAUGCCUCGGGGUCUGCCUGGGGGCCGCCGCCCGGUCAGUACUCAGCGGGCGCUGUGGCAGGGCUGGCGGCAGUAGUGGGCUUCCUCAUCGUCUUCACCGUGGUGGGCAACGUGCUGGUGGUGAUCGCUGUGCUGACUAGCCGAGCGCUGCGCGCGCCACAGAACCUCUUCUUGGUGUCGCUGGCCUCAGCUGACAUCCUGGUGGCCACGCUCGUCAUGCCCUUCUCGUUAGCUAACGAGCUCAUGGCCUACUGGUACUUCGGGCAGGUGUGGUGUGGUGUAUACCUGGCGCUCGAUGUGCUCUUCUGCACCUCGUCCAUCGUGCACCUGUGCGCCAUCAGCCUGGACCGCUACUGGUCGGUGACGCAGGCCGUCGAGUACAACCUCAAGCGCACGCCGCGCCGCGUCAAGGCCACUAUCGUGGCUGUGUGGCUCAUCUCGGCGGUCAUCUCCUUCCCACCGCUCGUCUCACUCUACCGUCAGCCCGACGGCGCCGCCUACCCGCAGUGCGGCCUAAACGACGAGACCUGGUACAUCUUGUCCUCCUGCAUCGGCUCCUUCUUUGCCCCUUGCCUUAUCAUGGGCCUGGUCUAUGCACGCAUCUACCGUGUGGCCAAGCUGCGCACGCGCACGCUCAGCGAGAAGCGCGCUCCCGCGGGCCCCGACGGCGCGUCCCCGACGACGGAGAACGGGCUGGGCAUGCCGGCGGGCGCGGGCGAAAAUGGGCAUUGCGUGCCCCCGCGCGCCGACGUGGAGCCGGACGAGAACAGCGCGGUAGCCGAGAGGCGGCGUCGCCGGGGGGCGUUGCGGCGGGGUGGGCGGCGGCGCGCGGGCGCCGAGGGGAGUGCAGGCGGCGCGGACGGGCCAGGGCAGGCGUCAGGGGAGAACGAGCCCGGGGCGCUGACUGCAGCCAGGUCCCCUGGGCCAAGCGGGCGCCUGUCACGCGCCAGCUCACGCUCGGUCGAGUUUUUCCUGUCCCGCCGGCGCCGGGCGCGAAGCAGCGUGUGCCGCCGUAAAGUGGCCCAGGCACGCGAGAAACGCUUCACCUUCGUGCUGGCGGUGGUCAUGGGUGUAUUCGUGCUCUGCUGGUUCCCCUUCUUCUUCAGCUACAGCCUGUACGGCAUCUGCCGUGAGGCCUGCCAGGUGCCUGGCCCUCUCUUCAAGUUCUUCUUCUGGAUCGGCUACUGCAACAGCUCACUCAACCCGGUCAUCUACACAGUCUUUAACCAGGACUUCCGGCGCUCCUUCAAGCACAUCCUCUUCCGACGGAGGAGAAGGGGCUUCAGGCAGUGACCCGCGCCACCUCACCCGGAGAUCCUGGAAGGCUCCGAGCACGGAGCUGGGCAGAGGAGGUGGCAGGCAGGGCUGUUCAUUUCCCCAGAGACCCUGGAUGAAUUGGCCUCCAGGAUGCAGGGGAGGAUUGGGCAGGGUAGAGAGACAGCAGGGCCUCCGGGGAGGGAAGGAGGAGAAAGGGGGACCCCUUUGCCUUCCUGCCUCAGCAAGGAGCCCUACCUCAACAAGGGUCUGCUUCUAGGGCCCCAGCUGUGGGGGUCCCGCCGAGGUGUGGCUGUGAUGUCAGGGUUUUAGAAUGCAGUGGUGGACACAAGCCCCCAAGUGUGUGAGAAAAGAGCCUCCCCCAGACACACCACCACCCUGUAUCACGUCUGAGCAAGGGCUGACUUCCCCAGGACCUAGUUGGGUCGGCUGUUUGGGGUUAGGGAGAAAGAGGACAUUGACAAUCUUUGAUAACUGAAAGUAUUUCAAUGUUUGCCAAAAACGACAGCGAAAACAACCAAACUAUUUUCUAAAUAAACCUUUGUAAUCUAA